AUGACUGCCUUCUAUGCACCAGGACUGGGAGCUCUGGACACACAUGGAAUGCGGCUUCUCCCAGGCGAGCACACCAGGCUGUCCAGGCCAGGGGUGUGGCCGGCACAAGAAGACGGUUUCCCAGCAGCCCCUGGGGCCCACACGCGCCGCCUGGCGGCUCAGUCAGGGCCUAGGUGCAGGAUCUGCCCGAUGGAGAUCGCGGGGCCUGGGGGCUCAGGUGCAGGCUGGUGGGGAGCCUGCACCCUGGCUGUGGUCGUGCUCUGCCUACUCUCGCUCCUGCUGGGCACCGAGGUUGCCGGGACCACCACGCAGAGAUCGACACAGCCCUCUGAAGAGAUACAGCCACAAGCAGACACACAGGCCGAGUGUGGAAGACCUGCCGUAACUGGGAAGAUCUUUGGUGGCCGAGAUGCACCUCAGAAGCGGUGGCCAUGGCAGGCCAGCUUGCUCUACAGGGGCAUGCACAUCUGUGGAGCCACCAUCGUCAGUGCCUACUGGGUGAUCUCAGCUGCCCAUUGCUUCCAAAAGUCCCAUCACCCAGAUGACUACCAGAUCCUGCUGGGGUACUAUCGCCUAAAGUCUCCUACUCAGCACAGCCUGCAGAUGUCAGUGUACCGAGUCUUUGUCCACAAUGACUUUAACAAACGCUACUUCAUGGGGAGUGACAUCACCCUGUUGCAGCUGUAUGGACCUGUGAACUUUACUGAGUAUAUCCGCCCUGCCUGCCUCCCAGGGCGUAACCCCCAGGUGUCCUCUAGUGCCUCCUGCUGGAUAACCGGCUGGGGAAUGGUCACUGAGACCACGAUGCUGGGUGACCCCUACACACUGCAGGAAGCACAGCUCGGUAUCAUAGACAGCCAGAUCUGUACGAUGUUUUUCCAGGGGCCACAGCCCGGCAACAAUACCUAUUCUGUACAGGACGACAUGCUGUGUGCCGGGGACCUCAUGACAGGAAAGUCCAUCUGCCGAGGAGAUUCUGGGGGUCCCUUCGUCUGCAAUCUGAAUAAUGUCUGGUUUCUGAUCGGGCUGUCCAGCUGGAGCCUGCCCUGCCAGCAGCCUGUAAGCCCCAGCGUCUUCACCAGGGUCUCCUACUUCUCUGAAUGGAUCACCCAGAAGCAGAACAGCUCACCCAAUCCAGACCCUUCUUCUGUUCCUCAUCCUCCGAGUGUACCUCCUGGUGUGCCUAUCUUUCCUUCUCUGGGCAGUGUCCAUAAGGCCAGGAGUGUCCUAACACUUGUGAUCUCACAGGUCUUGGUCCUGCUGCUGAUUUCCCUCUGGACACUGCAGCUGUGA